CACGCGCGCCGAGAUGGCCGCUUCAUUUUGUGGUAAAAGAUUGCUACUGACACGAACGAAUCUGUUUGCCAACCCGCGACGUCAUGGGUAUAUUGUGCUGGUACCGGAGAUUGGGGAAGAUUUGCCGGAGAAAAAUCCACUCUCGAACCCGCACGGUUUGCCCGAGUUUAACAACGUAACGAUUGAGAAGUGUGUCGGUGCGAUUGGCCAGCAGGCAAUCGCGGCGGAAAAGAGCGUACGGGCGAUCGAGGAGCGGUUGGAACAGGCAGCGGCCGGUACCGGUACGCCGGUGUCGGAUGUUAUAAAAGACAUUAUACUGCCGUUGGAGGCGACCGGGGCACCGCUAGAAACGACCUGGGGUAUAGCGAAAACGCUCUACCUUGGGAAUAGUUCGCGUAUGCCAACCAAGAGCUACCUGACGAUACAUGAACGGGCACGCGGUGCACGGCGAUCAAAGUUUAACAGUGUCCCGAUCUAUCGCACACUGAAGGGUGUGCUUGAAGAUACGGCAAAGAGGCAGGAACUGUCCGGGGAGGAACGUCGACUGUUGCAAAAGUAUGUGCUGGAGGCGAAGCUGAGCGGUAUCGAGGUGGAUGGAUCAUCCAAGUUGGAGUUGAAUGAGAUUCUCGAACGAUUAGCCCAGGAACGUACCCGUUUUGCGGGUAAGCGUGACAUGGCGGUGAAGAAGUAUCAGCAACUGAUCGAGGAUCCGGCCCUAAUGAAAGAGUUCCCACCGACGCUACUCCAAUCGCUUGCCACCGAUCCGAGCCAAGCUAUGAAGGGUCCUUGGAAGAUCACGCUUCAGCCUGCUGUUGCGGAACGCUUCCUGGAGUAUUGCGGUGAUCGGACGCAUCGCUGGAACCUAUGGCAGGCGGACACACGGAAGUGUUCCAUACACACGGACAAGUCGCUCGAGAACAGUACCCAUCUGGAAUCGAUCAGAGCGUUACGUAAGCGACAGGCAAAGCUACUCGGCUACGAAUCGUACGUCCACAUGUCGAUGGAAACAAAAAUGGCCGGCUCGGUGGAGUCGGUUUCGAACGCACUCGACGAGCUGCACCGGUACGCGAAACCGGCCGCCGAUGGCGAACUGAGCGCUUUGGAACGGUUUGCCGGUGAGCAUGGGUUCCGUGGACCGCUCGACAUCUACGAUGUUCCUUACUGGAAACGACGCCAUCUUGCCACCGUACAUCAGUUCGAUCAGGAAGCGUUGAAGGAUUAUUUCCCACUGCCACGCGUACUGACCGGGCUGUUCCAGCUAGCCGAGCAACUGUUCGGCGUACGGAUUGUCGAGCGGGUCGGUGUGGAUGUGUGGCAUGAGGAUGUACGGUUUUACGAUGUGUUGGAAACGGGCCCGGAUGCAUCAUCUGAACCGAUCGCAGGGUUUUAUACGGAUUUUUAUUCGCGCGAGGAUGAAAAGCUAGCGGUAGCGGAUAAUGCCGGCUGGAUGGUUGGUAUCGGAAGUCGUAGUGUUGGGAAUGCUUCCCAGCCUUUAGCUGCGCUGAUUUGCAACUUCCCUGCACCACUGUACGGCAAACCGUCCCUGCUAACGGUCGACGAUGUGCAGACGCUAUUUAAUCGGUUCGGGAAAGCGUUACAACAUUUGCUUACCACCUGCCGGUAUAGUGAUGUGGCUGGGCUGUCCAACGUCGAGUGGGAUGCGGUGGAGGUGAGCGGGCAUGUGUUGACGCAUCUGCUGUACGAUUCCGCUACGAUACGGGCAAUUUCGUCCCACUACACUAACGAAGAUCCGCUGCCGGAACCGUGCGUCGAAGCGAUCCAACGACGACGCACGCAUCUGGCCGGCUAUCGACUAUGUCGCGACCUGUACUUCGCCAAUCUCGAUCUACAGCUGCACCUAACGAGCGAUUACUGGUUGGAUGUGACGAAAAAGCUUUACCCGCAGUACCAUCCGUUCCCGCUCGAUCGUAAGGAUGCGCAUCCCUGCUCGCUCGUACCGAUCGCAUCCGGCGACUGGGGCGCAGCGUACUACAGCCAUCUUUGGUCGCGCAUGAUUGCGGCGGAUGUGUAUAGUGCGUUCGCGGAGGCGAAGGAACCGGUAGCACGGCAGGAAGUGGGCCGACGGUUCCGGGACACGUUCCUGGCCCUCGGUGGUGGGUGCCAUCCGAGCGAGGUGUUCCGUCGGUUCCGUGGCAGGGAUCCAUCGCCGACCGCACUACUUCAAACGCUCGGCAUUUAUAAGCCGCAGGCAGUGGGUGGAGGUGCGGGGGGUGGUGGUGUAGGUGGUGGUGGUGGAGGCGGUGUUGGUGAUAUCGGUGGAGGCCUCGGUAUUGGUGGGGGCAGUGGCGGCGGUGGCGGAGGCGGCGGUGGUGUCGUCGGUGGUGCCGCCGGUGGUGGCGGCGCCGGAAGCAUCGGUGGAACGAAUAAUAAUUUACAACAACGCCAUAAUAGCGCUUUAGCUGUUAGUAUCGAAACCGAUGUCUGACUACUGGUGAAACGAACACUUCGCGCUAUUUUUUGGCCAGCAGAACUCAUACGCUGGCUGCCAGUUUCACCGAGAGCGGUCUGAACGGUUUGAACGGUCUCCCCAUCGCCAACCAUCGCCGGAGCGGAUGGACACACGACGCGGACAGUUUGCCAGCCCCGUACAGCACGCCCCGAGAUGGGCCUCCUGCUCCACCGUGUUCCAUGUUUAACACAUUCACACACCCUUCCUUCUCUUAGCCU